AUGCCUGGGCCACUCCCUAUUUUGCCCAGCUCGUGGCGGAAUGAAGCAGCCUUGACCGCUGCCUUCAAGGCCCACUUUGGAAAUCUCGACGAUGAGGCAGCAGCACAAGUAAAGCUGGCAAAGCUCUGCGCAGACCAAUCGGUCCGUGAAAAAUGCACCGCUGUGGAGUUCUCUGCACUGUCCAAGGGUCCGGCAGACCGCUUCAGGUAUGAGGACCUGGAGCUACGUGACAAGUACCUGAGUGGUAUCUCCUCCCACGUCUACCAAAAGAUCGAGCUCGAGACCUUCACCACGUGGCAAGAAGCUGAGAAGCGCACCACUGAGGUCAAGCAGAUUCUCGACAUCAGCUGGGCCCAUUGGCCCGAGUUGAACAACUUCUUCUUGGCCAGAGGCGCUUUGGCCAGCAUUAAUGCGGCUGUCAGAAAAGGAGACUUCCCUGGCAGUUGCUUCAGCUGUGGGAAGCAAGGGUACCGACGUUUUGAGUGCCUCAACUGUAAGGACAAGCCUUAUACAAAACAUGCCGACGCGCGGGCUACGGUUGCCUCGGGCUCCACCCAGGCAGCGACAAGCGCCCCCAUCGCUUUAUCCUCGGUGUGUAUAAGCACCGCUUCAGUGAAAUUGGAUAGUUCUGAGCUGGUGGACUUGAUAGCACAGAUGAAGUCGAUGCACGAGAAGCUCGAGCAUUAUUGGGUGAUGAAGGAGGAGUCUUUUUGA